GUAUGACACUGCUAAAAACACUAUUUUAACGCCGAAGAAGGUUCUUCACGAUGGGAACUGGUCUUUUUUGGAAGUUUUUGAUAAUAGAGAUUUUCUUUAUUUCGUGUACAAAAUGUCAAGGUAGACGUGUUAUUAGACUACGUAACGGAACAACGCACUUAGAGGGACGUGUUGAGUUAUUUCACAAUGGAAUAUGGGGUACGAUCUGUGAUGAUGGCCUAGGUACGGACUUUGCCAAGGUCGUGUGUCGGCAGCUCGGAUUUCCUACUGACAAUGUGGAAGUACGUACGAGUGCCUUUUUCGGUGCAGGUAGUGAUCCGAUUUGGCUGGACGAUGUCACUUGUCAAGGAGACGAGGCUUCGAUCGACGCGUGUACGUUCAGACCAUGGGGACAACACAACUGCGGACAUCACGAAGAUGUCGGAGUAACAUGCGCACAUGCUAUUAGACUUCGUGACGGAACAACACCCUUAGAGGGUCGUGUUGAAGUAUUUCAUAAUGGAACAUGGGGUACUAUCUGUGAUGAUGGCCUAGAUGGCCUAGUUAUUGUAACAACAUUUGCCAAGGUCGUGUGUCGACAGCUCGGAUAUGCUACUUACAUUGUGCAAGUACGAGCGAGUGCCUUUUUCGGUCCAGGUAGUGGUCCGAUUUGGCUGGACGAUGUCACUUGUCGAGGAGACGAGCCUUCGGUCGACGCGUGCACGUUCAGACCAUGGGGACAGCACAACUGCGGACAUGGCGAAGAUGUCGGAGUAACAUGCACAAGUGCUAUAAGACUACGUAACGGUACAACGCACGAGGGUCGUGUUGAAGUAUUUCACAAUGGAGCAUGGGGUACUGUCUGUGAUGAUGGCAUAAAUACAAACUUUGCCAAGGUCGUGUGUCGACAGCUCGGAUAUCCUACUGACAAUGCGGAAGUACGUACGAGUGCCUUUUUCGGUGCAGGUAGUGGGUACCCGAUUUGGAUGGACGAUGUCACUUGUCAAGGACACGAGCCUUCGAUCGACGCGUGUACGUUCAGUGCAUGGGGACAACACGACUGCGGACAUCACGAAGAUGUCGGAGUUAUAUGUAAUGAUUGUGGCUCCGUACCAGCGGUACCACACAGCACGUAUACAGCCCCCACAAACAAACUCCUCGGUGCACGUGUAACGUACUCGUGUAAUUCUGGAUAUACGUCGUCAGGCGCAGUGAGCAUUUCAUGCUCGACAAGCGGUUGGACCACACCACCAGUCUGUCAUUGGGAUUGUGGCACGGUACCAGCGGUGCCACACAGCACGUAUACAGUCCCAACAAACACAUUCCUCGGUGCAUAUGUAAGGUACUCGUGUAAUUCUGGAUAUACGUCGUCGGGUGCAGAGAUUAUUUCAUGCUCGACAAGCGGUUGGACAACACCACCAGUCUGUCGUUUGGGCAUUAGACUACGUAACGGUACAAUGCACGAGGGUCGUGUUGAAGUAUUUCACAAUGGAGCAUGGGGUACUGUCUGUGAUGAUGGCAUAAAUACAAACUUUGCCAAGGUCGUGUGUCGACAGCUCGGAUAUCCUACUGACAAUGCGGAAGUACGUACGAGUGCCUUUUUCGGAGCAGGUAGUGACCCGAUUUGGCUGGACGAGGUCACUUGUCAAGGAGACGAGCCUUCGAUCGACGCGUGCACGUUCAGACCAUGGGGACAACACAACUGCGGACAUAACAAAGAUGUCGGAGUUAUAUGUAAUGAUUGUGGCUCCGUACCAGCGGUACCACACAGCACGUAUACAGCCCCCACAAACAAACUCCUCGGUGCACGUGUAACGUACUCGUGUAAUUCUGGAUAUACGUCGUCAGGCACAGUGAGCAUUUUAUGCUCGACAAGCGGUUGGACCACACCACCAGUCUGUCAUUGGGAUUGUGGCACGGUACCAGCAGUGUCGUACAGCACGUAUACGGCCCCAACAAACACACUCCUCGGUGCACGUGUAACGUACUCGUGUAAUUCUGGAUACACGGCGUUGGGUGCAGUGAUCAUUUCAUGCUCCACAAGCGGUUGGACCUCACCACCAGUCUGUCAUAAAGAUUGUGGCACUGUACCAGUGGUUCCACACAGCACAUAUACAGCCCCCACUAACACAUUCCUCGGUGCACGUGUAACGUUCUCAUGUAAUUCUGGAUAUACGUCGUCGGGUGCAAUGACCAUAUAUUGCCAGACAAGCGGUUGGACCACACCACCAGUCUGUCAUUGGGAUUGUGGCACCGUACCAGCAGUACCACACAGCACGUAUACAGCUCCCAUAAACACACUCCUCGGUGCACAUGUAACGUACUCGUGUAAUUCUGGAUACACGUCGUCGGGUGCAGUGAUCAUUUCAUGCUCGACAAGCGGUUGGACCACACCACCAGUCUGUCAUUGGGAUUGUGGCACGGUACCAGCAGUGUCGUACAGCACGUAUACAACCCCAACAAACACACUCCUCGGUGCACGUGUAACGUACUCGUGUAAUUCUGGAUAUACGGCGUCGGGUGCAGUGAUCAUUUCAUGCUCGACAAGCGGUUGGACCUCACCACCAGUCUGUCAUAAAGAUUGUGGCACUGUACCAGCGGUUCCACACAGCACAUAUACAGCCCCCACUAACACAUUUCUCGGUGCACAUGUAACGUUCUCAUGUAAUUCUGGAUAUACGUCGUCGGGUGCAAUGACCAUAUAUUGCCGGACAAGCGGUUGGACCACACCACCAGUCUGUCAUUGGGAUUGUGGCACCGUACCAGCAGUACCACACAGCAAGUAUACUGCUCCCAUAAACACACUCCUCGGUGCACAUGUAACGUACUCGUGUAAUUCUGGAUACACGUCGUCGGGUGCAGUGAUCAUUUCAUGCUCGACAAGCGGUUGGACCACACCACCAGUCUGUCAUUGGGAUUGUGGCACGGUACCAGCAGUGUCGUACAGCACGUAUACAGCCCCAACAAACACACUCCUCGGUGCACGUGUAACGUACUCGUGUAAUUCUGGAUAUACGGCGUCGGGUGCAGUGAUCAUUUCAUGCUCGACAAGCGGUUGGACCUCACCACCAGUCUGUCAUAAAGAUUGUGGCACCGUACCAGCGGUUCCACACAGCACAUAUACAGCCCCCACUAACACAUUUCUCGGUGCACGUGUAACGUUCUCAUGUAAUUCUGGAUAUACGUCGACGGGUGCAGAAACCAUUUCAUGCUCGACAAGUGGUUGGACCACACCACCAGUCUGCCAUUGGGAUUGUGGCACCGUACCAGCAGUUCCACACAGCACGUAUAUAGCCCCAACAAACACACUUCUCGGUGUUCGUGUAACCUACUCGUGUAAUUCUGGAUACACGUCGUCGGAUGCAGUGAUCAUUUCAUGUUCGACAAGCGGUUGGACCACACCACCAGUCUGUCAUUGGGAUUGUGGCAAUGUACCAGUUGUACAACAUAGCACGUACACAGCCCCCACAAACACACUCCUAGGUGCGCGUGUAACGUACUCGUGUAAUUCUGGAUAUACGGCGUCGGGUGCAGAGAUUAUUUUAUGCUCGACAAGCGGUUGGACCACACCACCGUACUGCCAUCCAGUAACCUGCUCUGUACCGGACGUAGAGGAUGCUUCGAAAGAUUCGGGGGCAACGAUUGUUUACAACACGACUGUUACGUACACGUGUGCAGAAAGUUACAUUGUAACAAAUGGCAGUUUAGUAAGGACAUGUCAAGCUGACGGCCAAUUGGAUGGUACUUCCCCAACUUGUACUCCAGGAACACGAGCUAUUAGAUUAACUAACGGUACAACUCAAUUAGAGGGUCGUGUUGAAGUAGUACACAAUGGAACAUGGGGUACGAUCUGUGAUGAUGGAACAAAUACAAACUUUGCCAAGGUCGUGUGUCGACAGCUAGGAUAUGCUACUGAUAGUGUGGCAUUACGUACGAAUGCCUAUUUCGGUGCAGGUAGUGAUCCGAUUUGGCUGGAGGAUGUCACUUGUCAAGGAGACGAGCCUUCGAUCGACGCGUGCUCGUUCAGUGUAUGGGGACAACACAACUGCGGACAUAACGAAGAUGUCGGAGUAUUAUUGACAGUGUGGCAUUACGCACGGUUGCUGAUUUCGGUGCAGGUAGUGGCCCGAUUUGGCUGGACGAUGUCACUUGUCAAGGAGACGAGGCUUCGAUCGACGCGUGUACGUUCAGUGCAUGGGGACAGCAGAACUGCGGGCAUAGCGAAGAUGUCGGAGUUAAUUGUAAUGUAACCUGCCCUGUACUGAACGUAGAUGACACUUCCAAUGAUUCUGGAGGAACGAUUUUUUACAACACGACAAUAACGUACACAUGUGCAGGAGGCUACAUCCAUACAAAUGGCAAUUUAGGUAGGACAUGUCAAG